CCGUCCAUCGUAUGCAUGAAGACCAUUACAGAAAUGCUUUGCUCACAAGGGAAACAUUAUUGUACGCUCGCCAAAGCAAAUAUGAACAUCGACUGCCCCUCGAGGAAGGAAACUCGGCACGCCGGCUGCCCUAUAGCUGCAUCCUUUGACAUCUCCGUCCUUUCAAAGAUCGAGCUCGCAGCAUGUGACAGCCACAUCAACCCUUGCAACCCUUUCUCGUCAGUACCCUCGCUCCAGCUACGAUAGUUUCACAGAGCGAAUGGAAGCCAUGAGACUCUCGUAAGGUAUAGUCGAGAUCAGCAACCAUCUCAUCUCAACACCCACCAGACUCUUCAACUUGUAGAAAGGCACUUCCGUCUCACGACUGAUCCCAGCAAACGACACCAUGCCCAACAUCUUUUCCAUGACCUCGUCCCUCGGGGCAGCGCCCCGAGCCCUAUCCAACAUCCCCUCCCUCGGCGAACUCCAAAAACAAGCCGAAUUCCUGGGCUCCUCCAUCUCCUCCAACCUCCCCUCCCUCCCCGCUUACUCCAGCCCUCCAGAAUCGCCCCAAAGACCCGGGCAAGUAGCCAAUACAGGUCGUCCCAAUGUCGGUAAAUUUCAUGGCGUGCCGCCGUCUUAUUCUGAAGCCGAUCCGCGCGUGAUGUCGAGUAGGCAAGAGGGUGGGAACAAGUUGAAGAAGGCGUUUCCGGGUUGGAUCAGGUUGCCGCAGGCAGGUAUACCAGGGGAAAUGGUGGUAAAGAAGGAUCUGACUGAGCGAGGGAGGGGACGACCGGUCAUGAAGGAGACAAGAGUGUACGCUGAGAGUGUUAGAAGCAGGAACUCUGUAUCGCAGAACAAUCGACCUCCCCAACCGUCUUUGCUGGAUUGGUGA